ACAUAAUAAGUUAAUUUUUCACAGAAACAUGAUGCACACAGGAUACAUGCUGUAUAUAAAAAUGAAAACCUAAGAACUGAACACUUAUUUUCUCCGGUCAACAAAGUGCGCCUCAGUAAUGGCAAAGAUCCUUCUAUUCCUUGCCCUCGUCAUACUCGAUUCUGCGUUUGGGUUUACCUGUGUUAAGGAAGAUGACGAAUGUUUUGGGAGCCUCGAAAUUGAUUACGCCUUUACAAUGAUUGAUCCCUUGAACGGACCAGUCUACGCCAAAGACCGUUCUCUGUUCACUGUUGAUGGUGAUGAGGAAGUACCAACAGAAUCUGUGAACACAGCAGACGGGUGGAACUUGACAACUACAAACUUACUGACCGCUAAUGGAAAAAUGCCAGGACCUAAUAUUGUCGUAUACCAGGAUCAGAAAAUUACUAUUAAAGUCAAAAACAAGCUGAUGAACGAGGCUAUCACGAUACACUGGCACGGUAUUGAUCAAUUUGGAUCACCUGCAAUGGACGGAGUGGCGUUCGUUACACAGUGUCCAAUCUUACCAGGACAACAUUUUAUAUACACAUUCCGGCCUCGCUUCGCCGGUACUUACUGGUACCAUUCCCAUGUCGGUAUACAGAGAGAAAUGGGGUUGUACGGGGCCUUUAUAGUUCUUAGAAGAGACGAUGACAUUCCUCCAGAAAGACAAUACAUCAUGCAAUUACAGGAAUGGAACCACUUGUACGACCCUGUCACUCGGUUUAAAGCUAAUUUACAAGGUACCGGUAAUGAUCAAAAAUCUAUCCUUAUCAAUGGAAAAGGAGAAUUCAAUGGCAAUAAUGCACCAUUGGAAGAGUUUGUCGUGGACAGAACCAAAUCCCAUGUAUUCCGAGUGAUCCACGUAGGCUCCGCUGAUUCCAUGCUGCUCUCCGUGCCAGGGUUAAAACUGAAAGUCAAAGAAACUGAUGGUUUUCCAGUCGAACCAAAAAUCGUAGACCAAAUUAUUAUUCUUCCGGCUGAAAGAUAUGAUUUCGAACUUGAUCUGCAAACCGCUUGUCAAAGUAAUUAUAAAAUUAUCGUGAAAAUUCUGACAGGUUCUGACUUAAAAGAAAACCCUAAUAUAAAAGGGUUAGCCAUUUUGAGAGUCACGGGAGUCAGCUCAGGCAACAGUUUGGGAUCUUCUGGACAUCAUCUAAAACAUAGGUCACAUCUUUCUGGACGAAAGGAAGGACAAUGGGAGAUCGAGUCGCAGUAUAAAAAAUACUGUGAAAAUAGAAGAGAGAAUACCAAAACAGUGCUUAAUUGUCCAUUUCAGAAAUAUCCAAAUUCUCCAGAAAAGACUUGCGUGCCAGUCUCUGAACUUAAAUCUACAUUUAAAGAACCAAAUGAUAGGGUAUUGAGAGGCUCUGAGACGUUUUUUCUAAACUUUGCGUUCGUAGGUGGUCCUUCAAUUAAUGGACGCAAAUUUAUUCCGCCAACAAUAGCAGCUUUGUUAGAACCGGAAGCAGUGGAUAGAAAAUGUGAAGGAUGUGGCGAUGAGAACCCGUGCUCCUGCACUCACACCAUAGAGUUGUCUUAUGACAAGGAAAUAAUUAUGGUAUUCCUCAAUCUCGGAAAAGGGGGUAGAUUAAACCAUCCAAUCCAUAUGCAUGGUCACACGUUUGAGGUUUUAAAGAUGGCCUUUCCGAAAGUAGAAAAAGAUUCGACCGGAACAGAUACUCUAAUACCAAAUGAAGAUAUCCAGUGUAGCAAAACUUUGCCGAAUGAUGAAAGCAAUUGCAAUAAUGCUCAAUGGAGAGACGAGUCAUGGAGUAACUACAAACUUAUACCAGGUAUUAACCUAAUCAACCCAGUCCGAAAGGACACCUUGUUGGUUCCGAUGGGUGGGUAUGCUGUGAUCCGAAUCUUCUCCGACAACCCCGGGGUGUGGUUUAUGCACUGCCACAUCGACAGUCACAUGAAGAAUGGAAUGGCGCUAAUGUUGUAUGAAGCCAUAGACCACAUACCCGAACUUCCUAACCUCCCAACCUGCCGCAGUUUCGACAACGAAGGCGAAGAAAUGGACGGUGAAUCGAAGUCACGACAUGCUUGGCGCCAUAAAAGUGAACUCUGAAAAGAUUUAACGAUUUGUUUGUGUUUUCUUUUUAGCUAUCCUCAUACUCAAUCCUCUACACCAAUAGUUCUUCGUUACCAUUGUCUGCCAUGACAGAUUUAUUGUACUCUUUGUGUCGGCUCCCUUUGUUUGGACUCACAUUUUUUUCCUUUUGCGAUUAGCUGUAGUAGUAUAUGACAUACUGUACAUCAUACACUUACUAACAAAUAAAGCUUUCCAUAUAUAACA